GAAACGGAAAGCUUGGGAAGAAAGGCAAGCUCGCAUCAAAUUAUAUACUGCUGCUGCUCUGGUGAAGUCUCUAAUCCGAUUGUAAUCCACAUUUUGUUGCGGAUAAACAUUUUAAUUAGCAUCUUGUUCUUCUUCUCAGAUCCAGAUCUUUAUAUCAGAUAUUCAAUUGUUGGAGCAUCUUUGUGUGGAUUGAAACAUGUCUCGGAGGUAUGAUAGCCGUACAACAAUCUUCUCCCCGGAAGGUCGCCUCUACCAGGUUGAGUACGCAAUGGAGGCGAUUGGCAAUGCAGGGAGUGCCAUCGGUAUAUUAUCCAAAGACGGGGUUAUAUUGGUUGGUGAAAAGAAAGUGACUUCCAAGCUUCUUCAAACCUCUGCAUCCACUGAGAAAAUGUACAAGAUUGAUGACCAUGUCGCUUGUGCUGUUGCUGGAAUCAUGUCUGAUGCCAACAUCCUCAUCAACACAGCUCGAGUCCAAGCUCAGCGGUAUGCCUUUGCCUACCAAGAGCCGAUGCCAGUUGAACAGCUGGUCCAGUCCUUGUGCGACACCAAGCAAGGCUACACUCAGUUUGGUGGGCUCCGUCCAUUUGGUGUUUCUUUCCUUUUCGCAGGGUGGGAUAAGAACUAUGGCUUUCAGCUCUACAUGAGUGAUCCGAGUGGAAAUUAUAGCGGCUGGAAGGCCGCAGCUAUUGGAGCGAAUAACCAGGCUGCUCAGUCGAUGCUCAAGCAAGACUACAAGGAAGAAAUAACGAGGGAGGAGGCCAUUCAGCUCGCUAUCAAGGUGCUUAGUAAGACGAUGGACAGCACAAGUCUCACUUCAGAGAAGCUUGAAUUGGCUGAGGUGUUCCUCUCUAAUGGAACAGUCAAGUACAAGGUUUGCUCGCCCGAGGCCCUAAAUCAGCUGUUGCUCAAGUCGGGAGUUACUCAACCUGCUGCAGAUGCCUCAUAAAGCUUGUAUCUUGUUCGACCGUAGUGUCUGAACCUGUUUUCUGCUUGUUUCUGAAUCUGCCAUUGAUGAAAUGUUCUGUGUUGAAUUCUAUCUAAAAUGCAGCUAAUGCUUUGAACUUCUUUUA